UGAUCCAUGUAUAAAUGAUCCUGCUCUCGAUAUAUCACUUACACCUGAUCCACCCAUUCCUAACCAAGAAUUUUUUAUCGGUGUUUCUCAAACUGUAUCUACAUCUAUUUCAGAUGGUUUUGUUACAAUUGAGUCAAUUGAUGGUAGCCUUAAACAAUCGCAAGUCUGUAUUAUUCCUGCAACUAAUGCUGGUGACAACUUUCUUGUUAACUGCGCACUUGAUGCACUGCCAAAUACCCCUCCACUACCAAUAAAUAUUCAGGUGUUUGGCAAUGUGGGAGGGCAAUAUAAUACAAUAGGUUGUACACAAAUAUUUGCUUUUUGA